CGGCCGGGCAGGUGACGGUGACGUGACGCGUGACGCCACGGCCCGGAACCGGACCCCUCCUCCCCGCCCAGUUAGAGCCGUGCGGCCUCACUUCGUUCUUCCUCCGCGGGCCCCCGAGGCCAGGUAGGCGGGCAGGUGGCCAGCAGUCCAGGACCCUCCCUGGGUCCCGGGAGCUGGGGGCACUGCCCUGCGCCCAGCCCGACCGGGCGGAGGACCGGCUCGCGGCCGGGGAGGAGGCUCCUGGACUGGCCCUCUCCUGCGUAGCUCCGUAGUUUUACCGGGAAAGAAAGCGGUUUUCAUCUGAAUGUGUUCUAUCCUUCCUACUUGAAGACAAGAGCUUCCUCAGACUAUAAAUUCCUCAAAGGGAUUCCCUGGCCCCUCUCCUGUUGGGCUGGCUGAGCUGACCCAGUCUUGCUGAGGCAGGAUGUUCCUGGUGGGCCUGUCAGGGGGCAUUGCCUCAGGAAAGAGCUCGGUAGUUCAGGUGUUCAGGGAUCUGGGCUGCGCUGUGAUCGAUGCAGAUGCCAUUGCCCACCAGGUGGUAAAGCCAGGCUACCCUGCCUACCAUCGUAUUGUGCAAGCCUUUGGACAUGAGAUCCUGCUAAAGAACGGUGAGAUCAACCGCCAGGCCUUGGGGAGCAUCAUCUUCCGCCAGUCUGAGAAGCGGAAACUGCUGAACGCCAUCACCCAUCCAGAAAUUCGUAAGGAGAUGCUGAAGCAGAUCCUGAAGUACUUGGUUCAGGGGUACCGAUAUGUGAUCUUGGACAUCCCCUUGCUGUUUGAAACUAAAACAAUGUUACGAUUCAUGAAGCACACAGUGGUGGUAUAUUGUGACCCCCAGACCCAGCUGUCACGACUGAUGCAGAGGAAUGGGCUGAGUCAAGAGGAGGCUGAAGAACGUAUUGCAGCCCAACUGCCCUUGGAAGAGAAGCGCCAAUUGGCUCAGCACAUCCUGGAUAACUCAGGGGAGUGGGAAGUCACUCGCCGACAGACCCUCCACCUGCAUUCCCAGUUAGAGGAUUCCCUGGACUUUUUACCAUUGAGGCUUGGCCUGUUGGCUGGUUUCAUUGGCAUCAUAUACCUAUUUUCUCGUCACCUCCUGCUUUAAUAAGGCCCCCAGCCCCUUAAACAGCCACCCCCAGGGCUGACAGCCCAGCCUAAUGAUGCCGAGGCCAAGCAACAGGGUCUUGAAUGCUGCUGGGGAGACAACAAUGUUCUAUUCUAUCCCUUCUUCCCACAGACUCUGAGCUCUUUCCUUCCUCUUCUGUUAGGCAAGCCUGCUGGGCUGAGAAAUUGGGGAAAAGGUUGGCACUAUUAUCACAAAAGAGACAACCUUUGGAGGGGGCACCGCCCAGUCCUGAGUUGGGAACCAAUUUACUAAUGUCUCAUUUUCCUUACUCUGUCCCAAUAGCAUCUUUGUGUGCCGCAGGGAGCUACAGGGCAGGAGACUGACUUAGUGUGCACCUUUAAAGAAAGGUUCCUCUCCCCUUCCCUCCCUUCAUCUUCAUUCAAAGUGGCUACUGUGGAGCUUUGCGUUAUUGUAGCUCCCUAGUACAACAUGUUGUUCCUUGCUAGGAGUUCGAUAAAUGUCCAUGGAGGAACA